AUGGUCUGCACGGCCACCGCUACCAAGCUCGGUCAUGCGCAGGUGCCGAGCUCAGGGCUGGGGGGAGAAGCUGCAGCGGAAGACAGCGAGCUGUCUCCUUUGGUCCAAGCCUUACGGCACUGGGGCAUCCGACCGGUUCCAGAGCUUGGGCCAGACAUGUUUGGUGCAAGCAUUGCGCAGCUCAAGAUGCUCGUUCGUGCCAGAGAUGAUCAGGGACGACAUCAUGUCGCAGCAGUGCAGGCCUUGCAGCGAUAUGUGACGCAGCUGGAGAUCGAUUUGGACUCGAAGGAUGAUGAGCUUGCAGCGGCCAAGAGGAACUUGGAGGAGGUGCAACGGCAUGGCUUUGAGCCGGUUGAGCCGGAGGAAGUCUCUGCGGAGGUCGCCGAGCUCAAAGAACAACUGGCCAGCACGGUGAAAGCGCAGGAGGAGGCUCAGCGACAGCUUGAGGUCGAGCGAGCCGAGGCUGCCGAGACCGCGCGAGCAAACCAGGCGGGCUUUGAAGAAGCUGCCCAAGCAGAGGUGCUGGAGCUGAAAGAGCAAUUGGCCAGCGCAAUGAAAGGGCAAGAGGAGGCCCAGCAGCAACUUCAGCUCCAGGUGGAGCGAGCUGAGGCCGCCGAGGCCAAACUGGUGACGCUCGUGGAGCGGAUCCGUGGGGCCGCCACAGCGAAAAAGGCCACGGAGGGUGUCGCGUCAGCGUCUGAAGAGGUGCCAGAGAGCUAA